AUGAAUCUCCAAUCCUUUGUCGUGUUUCUGACUGCCAGUUUGGCUUUUGUAAAUUAUGCUCAAGCGUGCACCAUUUUUUACAAUGGUGCUUUUAGACAUCAAACUGGUGAUAAGGGAGGUGGAUGUUUUGGUACCGACCCGUCUGACAAUAUAACUUCAAUUUCGACCGAUCCUCCUACUGCUUGCUACGUUCUUUACACUGACUGGGCUUGCAAAGGAACGCAACUUACAAAUAGUACAAAUGGUACACAAUUCUGCGAUGGCAACAGUUUUCCGAAAGGCAUAAAAUUCUCAUCAGUCCGAUUAACGUGCCCACCCGGAACAUAA